AUGAACCUUGCACAGUCAUUCAUCAACCCAGCUGGCGAAAUCGUCCUCCACCGCCGCAAGAUUACGCCGACGCACGUCGAAAGAUCACUAUGGGGCGAUGGUCAGGCUGACUCCCUGAAGUCGGUAGUGGAUACCCCGUUUGGCAAAGUAGGAGGCCUCAGUUGCUGGGAACGCAUACAUCCUCUGCUUCGUUACUACGAGUAUUCCCAGAGUGUGGAGAUCCAUGUCACUGGAUGGUCGCCUCUCUGGAAACAGCCAAAGGACGUACCUAUUUACGGGCCUGACGGCGCACCACUAGUGGAACCCUUAGCUCCAGACCAAGAGGGUAUACUCUACGCAGACAUUGACCUGUCGACGAUUGAUUUUGCCAAACAGAUGAUCGACGUGGUUGGGCGUUAUUCGAGGCCUGAUUUACUGAGCUUGCAAAUGAACACAGAGCUUGCGAAACAUGUCACGACGAAGCAACAUACCUAA